CCAUUAAAAGGCGGAAGAAAAUUUUGGAGACUCCAAAAGAUGAAGAUAGCAGUGGAAGGGUGUAUGCACGGAGAUCUUGACAAGGUGUACGAAACCAUUAAAUACAUUGAAAACACUCGCAACAUCAAAAUCGACCUCCUCCUCUGUUGUGGUGACUUCCAGGCAAUUAGGAAUGAGAAAGAUAUGGAGAGCCUUAAUGUGCCCCCAAAGUAUAAGGAGAUGAAGUCAUUCUGGAAAUACUAUUCGGGUCAGGAGGUUGCCCCGGUUCCCACCAUAUUUAUUGGAGGAAAUCAUGAAGCUUCCAAUUAUUUAUUGGAAUUGUAUUAUGGGGGAUGGGCAGCACCUAAUAUAUACUUCUUGAGGUUUGCUGGUGUUGUGAAGUUUGGCAAUAUCCGAAUUGGUGGACUUUCUGGAAUUUACAAUGCACGUCACUACCAUUUAGGACACCAUGAAAGGCCACCUUAUAAUGAUAAUACCAUCAGGUCUGUGUACCAUGUUCGUGAGUAUGAUGUUCACAAACUCAUGCAGGUGGAGGAACCAAUUGAUAUUUUUCUUUCACAUGAUUGGCCACUUGGCAUCACUGAUUAUGGGAACUGGAAACAGCUCAUUCGCCACAAGAAACAUUUCGAAGAUGAGAUCCAGCAAGAAACUCUUGGAAGCAAGCCUGCUGCUCAGCUGCUCGAAAAACUCAAACCACCUUAUUGGUUUUCAGCUCACUUGCAUUGCAAAUUCACUGCUCUUGUUCAGCAUGAAGAGGGUGGUCAAGCGACAAAAUUUCUUGCACUUGAUAAAUGCCUUCCUGGGCGCAAGUUCUUGCAUAUUGUUGAUAUUGAAUCUGAUCCAGGACCUUAUGAGGUUCAAUAUGAUGAAGAAUGGCUGGCAAUAACACGAAAAUUCAACUGUGUCUUCCCUUUGACCACCGAUGUGGAGACUUUAGGUGUUACACCGCUUGACAUGCAGGAUUGUCGUAAAUGGGUUAAUAGCAGACUGGAAGAGAAAGGAGCGAAACCUUGUGAAUUUUCUCAAACUGUUCCACCUUACAACCCCUCCCAUUCAGUUUCAAACACUACUUUUUCUGGUUCUCCCCAUAAUCCUCAGACUCUAUCUUUCUUGGAAUUGCUAGAUCUUCCUUAUGUUCUUGAUAAUGUAUCGGGAUCCAGGGAUUGUCCUGCUCCUGCAUCAUCGACUCAAAGGGGUGAUUACAGUGAAGGCAUUCCCAUUGAAGAUGAGGAUGAACUAGAAGAUGAUAGUGCAGAACCCUGCAAUAAAAACCAGUAAUGAUGAAGCGAAAAAUGUUUUCCAUGGGCGAGAAGAUUUAGUAGUGAGGCGAUCGAUGGAAAUCUACUUAUUGGUUGGGCGGCCCUUGUUGCUACUCA